AUGACUUCUUGCCGUGUUUGCCUUUUGCUGAGAUUGGACAGCAUGGCUUGGAGGAUCUAUUUCGAGUGUACAAGGACCACUUGGCCUCAAGUUCUGCAAGUUCAAGCUUUUGGCUUACAAAAAAACUGUGGGGAGGUUGACUUCAAGCAGUUCUCGAAGUUUUUGAAGAAGUAUGGGGAGCUGGAAGACGGGCAUUUACAGUCGGCUUGUGAUGAGCAAGAAUUCACACUUGGAAAGCAACGGCUGGUGGGUCUGGAAGAAGCACCUGCGCCAAAGGAAUACGCACCAGACUUACCAAUUGAGCCGCCACCCACUUCUGAGAUGGCAAGAGAGCAAUGGUAUGAGGUCAAAUUUGCCAUGGAUGUGAAUGACUAUGAAGGGACACAGAAACAACGGAAAUUAUUUCAGUCCUACUUAGAGGGGUUGCAUUGGGUCAUGCGCUACUACUUUCGUGGCCCAGAUCAUGCUUCUUGGAGUUGGUACUACCCUUUCUAUCACGCUCCAAUGGCUUUUGACCUGGCAAACUAUGACAAUCUGUCGAACCCUGAGAUUUCCUUGCAGGUAGGAAUGCCCUUCAAGCCUUUCCAACAACUCAUGGCUGUGUUGCCUUCUAGUUCCAAGACUCUGCUGCCUAGCUGUUACCAGUGGCUCUUUGACUCACACUCCCCCGUGGCUAACUUCUAUCCCGAGAAGUUUGUGGUGGACAUGGACGGUGUCAAAGUUCCAUGGGGUGGCAUGACAUUGAUUCCUUUCAUCGAUCCAGAGAGGUUAUUGUUGGCCAUGGAGCAGGCCUUCAAUCAAGGCCCUCCGCUGAGCAGCGAAGAGAAGAAACGCGACGAGUUCCGCAUGGCCAAGUCCUUCCAGUAUGACAUGAAAGCUGGAGUUUUUGUGAAGAGCACAGUGCCUCGCAAGUAUGGUGACAUUCAGAGAUGCCCUGUGAGGAUUAAUGAAUUUCAGCAUCUUGCCCUUCCCGGCGAACACUUCCCCAACUACCUGCUGUCUGGCGUACGGACUAAGGAGAUGGGCUUCCCCACGUUGCAUGAGAUUCCGUUCACGACCUCCUUCCAGGUCGGCGUGAAGGUGUUCCAAUUCGAGGCCAAAGGACUUUCCAUGUACUUGCACUUGCGGCCCACGUCCCCUUUCGAGCCCACUGAGGAGGCCAUCAGAGCGAGAAUGCGAUCCCUUGCGAUCAUUGACUACCCCUGCAUGCACAGAGGGAAAAUCAUUGCUCUGCAUACACCUUAUGCAAAGUAUUUGCAUGACGGUGCUCAAGUGGAGAACAAUCCUUUUGAGCAUGAGAAGAGGGUCUGGAACCUUCUGCAGGAGUACAGGAAGCGUGGACUCACUGUAGAGUUUGACAGCAGUGCGAUAGCUGUCGAUGAAACGUCUGCGGGUCGAAUGUGGCGAGGCAAAGCAGGCGAUCUUUCCGAGAACGAGUUGUGCCAGCAGCCUCUGGUUGAGGUGAAGAUGGUGCAGUCUGCCUGUGCCUGGUUGGCGUUGCAAGUGGAAUGGAAAUACUUGGAGGCUGUCUGUGUGGACUUGCCAGGUCUCUUUACGUUGACAGCCAUGGCCGCGCUCAUGCCACCUACCAGGCCCAGAGAAGACCGCAACUUGCAUGAGGAUGAGCCGGGUGAGCCAGUCUGCAUGUGGCGACGAAGAAAGCAUGGCUAUUUAGCCAAGGUUGGACCCUGUUUUGAGGCCUUUCAACGUGGAUACAAUGUGGCGCCCCUUGACGAGAAUCUGGACGGCGAUGAAGAGUUCGCCCCAGAGAUGACAGUUCGCAAGAUCUACCAGAAACUUCCCAAUGGCGCCAGAUCGAAGCGUUUUGGAGCUGGGACACUGGAAGCCUCCUCGACCCAGCAGAAGAAGUUUCAAGAGAACUGCAAGUUCCUCAUGGCUGAUGUCGUGCUGCUAGAUGUGAAAACCUCCGCCGGCCGUCGCUAA